UGUAAUUAUAAAAGAAAUAAGCGACAUAUUAUUUAUAAUUGUGGAUAGAAACAUUUGUGUAAUCAACAAAAAAAAAGGACAGAAAGAAAUAAAACUUAACUUAAUAAUACAUAUAUAUAGGUAAUAUUUCUUAAAGCAAAAUGAUUAAAAUUUUAGAAAAAAUUUCAUUUUCCAAACAUUUAGCAAUAGCUUUAUUUAUUAGAAUAAUAUUAAUCAUAUAUGGAGAGAUUCAUGAUAAUAGUUCGUCAGAACUUUCGUACACAGAUAUUGAUUAUAGAGUUGUUACUGAUGGAGCUCGUUAUAUAAUUAAGCAUGAAUCACCUUAUAAAAGACAUACUUAUCGAUAUAGUCCACUUAUGGCACUACUUUUAGUACCAAAUGUUCUAUUUUUCGAUUGUUUUGGAAAAAUAUUAUUUUCAGUUUUUGAUAUUUUUGUUGGAUAUUUGAUAAAGGAGAUUGUGUACAAUGAAUUGAAGUCAAUUUUUUAUGAAAAUGCUGAAGCAUUUAACGUAGCUUAUCAAAAAAAUUUUAACAUUAAACAUAAAAAAACUGCUUGUGCAACAUCUGAACUGAAGAAGAAGCUUAAAAUGCCUGAUCGUUAUGAAAAUUGGGCGAAAUUGUCUUCAUUGGUUUGGCUUUAUAAUCCAUUAGCAAUGGUUAUAUCAACACGUGGAAAUGGAGACUCGUUGUCAAGCGUAUUUGUUUUGUUAACGCUAUAUUACUUUCAAAAAUUUGAAGUUAAUGAUUCCGAUAUCAUUUUAGCAGGAAUAUUUCAUGGUUUAUCAAUUCAUCUACGAAUUUAUCCAGUUAUUUUCAGUCUAGCUUACUUUUUAAACUUGUCUAAUUAUAAUUUCAUCGACAUUAAAAAUAUUCGUUAUAAAUUAUUCAUACCAAAUUAUAGACAGUUUUUAUUAGUUAUUGGAACAAUUAUUGGAUUUUCAUUUUUCACCGGUUUAUUUAUCCAUUUGUAUGGAUGGCCAUUUGUUUAUGAAACUUAUUUAUAUCAUUUUAAGCGUAGAGAUGUAAAGCAUAAUUUUUCGUUAUACUUUUUAAUGCUAUAUUUAUCAGCCGAUAAUGAAAUUCAAAGUGGAAGUAAUAGUGGAACUGAUGAGACAUUAUUGAUAGCAGGUUUUGAAAAAGCUCUUAUUACAAUGCCGCAAUUAGCUAUAUUCAUAUAUUUGAGUUGUACUUUCGGGUUAAGCCGAAAAACGUUAUCAUUUUGUAUUUUUUUGCAAACAUAUGUAAUGGUUACGUAUAAUACAGUGGUAACAUCUCAAUAUUUUAUAUGGUAUUUGGCUUUAUUACCAAUUUGUGUGAAAAAUUUCAGGAGUAUGCCAAUAAAAUUGGCUUUUUUGUAUUUCAGCGUAUGGAUAUUAGCUCAAGCUUUAUGGUUAUUACCAGCAUAUCUUUUGGAAUACAAAUCAAUGAACACUUUUAAUUUAAUUGGAAUUCAAGGGGUUGCCUUUUUUUUUGUAAAUAUUUUCAUGAUUCAACGUUUUAUUAAAUAUUUUGAUGUUUUUAGUAAGAUUCGAUAAAAUAGAAAUUUAAUGAUUUAUAAAAAUAAAAAAAAAAAAAAAAAAUAUGUCAAUUUUUGUUAGUUAAAUUAAAUAUAUUCGUUUUGAAAUGUUAAAAUUGAUUAAUUUCUUUUUAAAUAUUGUUUCCUAUAAGUUAUACUAUAUAUUAUCAGUGAAAUUGAAAUAAUAAAUUAGAGUAUGAAAUUUCAAAA